UGCACUGUGGUAGUGGAGGGGGGGACCGGAAGUUCCGGUAGACGCACACUAUUCUUUCGAGUGAAGAGAAAGCCAGAACUGCUGUCCUUUUUUCUUGUUACUACAGGCCGACUCAGAUUAAGUCUGAGGUCGGUAACAUCAACAGUGAGGACAAACCCAACCUGUCUCUCCUUCCACACUGAGUCCAAACCUACAGUUACUGGGUCCUGAUUGUGACAGUGGAGCCCAGUUUGCACUGCAGGAUCCAGAGAUGGCAUCAAUGAAUCUGGAAGACUGCAGUCAAACACUGAAGCUGAAUGUCAUCAUUAAAGAUGAAGAAGAGGAGGAGAAGAUUGGAGACCAUGUUGAGACAUUCUCUACAUCCAGAGAGCAACAGCAGGAAGGUCACAGAGCUAAGAGGUUUCACCACUGCCCACAUUGUGAGGAGAUAUUCCCAAUUCUAUCAAAGCUAAAAAAACACCUUAAAAUACACACAGGAGAGAAUCUGUAUCCCUGUACUGACUGUGGGAAGAGAUUCACGACAUCAAGGUCUCUGACAGUUCAUCAGAGAAUACACACAGGAGAGAAGCCUUACUCCUGCUCUGACUGCGGAAAGAGUUUCUCUAGAAUGGGCAAUUUAAAAACACAUGAACGUAUACAUACAGGAGUGAAGCCUUACUCCUGCUCUGUCUGUGGAAUUUGUUUCUCUCGACUGGGUGACUUAAAAACACAUGAACGUAUACAUACUGGAGUGAAGCCUUAUUCCUGCUCUGACUGUGACAAGAGUUUCUCUCGACUGGGCCACUUAAAAACACAUGAACGUAUACAUACAGGAGUGAAACCUUACUUCUGCUCUGACUGUGGAAAUAGUUUCUCUCGACUGGGAAACUUAAAAACACAUAAACGUAUACAUACAGGAGUGAAGCCUUACUCCUGCUCGUACUGUGGAAAGAGUUUCUCUCGACUGGGCGACUUAAAAACACAUGAACGUAUACAUACAGGAGUGAAUUCUUACUCCUGCUCUGACUGUGGAAAGAGUUUUACUCGACUGGGCCACUUAAAAACACAUGAACGUAUACAUACAGGAGUGAAGCCUUACUCCUGCUUUGACUGUGGAAAGAGUUUCUCUCGACUGGAAAACUUAAGAAGACAUGAACGUAUACAUACAGGAGAGAAGCCUUACUCCUGCUCUGAUUGUGUAAAAUGCUUCACAACAUCAACUGACCUAAAAGUUCAUCAGAGAACACACACAGGAGAGAAGCCUUACCACUGAUCUGACUUACAGCUGAGCUAAAAGGGUCAUCGAUGAACACACACAGAAGAGAAGCCUUACUUCUGCUCUUAAUGUGGCAAGAGUUUCUCCAGAUUGGGCAAUGAAAAGACACAAAAACUGAUACACACUUGAGAGAAGCCUUAUCACUGCACUGACAGUGAGAGGAGAUUCUACAGAUUGGGCCAUUUAAAGACACCAUUGUAUACAUAAAGGAGAGAGUCCUUGUCAGUUCUCUCAGACCAGCUGAGAUUAGUCACUCAAUCACUUAAUUUUAAUUUCAUAAAAUAAUUGUCAACACUAUUGCAAUCCUAUUGUUUCUCACUGUGAGAACUGUGCAGAGGAAAGGGAGCAUUCUAGAAUGUUAGCCUUUCUUUACUUUACUGAUCAGUGUGCUCCAUGUCAGGUUGUGUGUUUUGUUAGCUUCUACUGUAAAGAUACUGAGAUCUUGGAUUUUCCCUUAGGGUUGAAUGUCCUCUGUGAGGCGUCUGAUGGUUGACUGGGUGGUACUGCUUCCUCUACAGUUUUCUGUGAGAAUGAGCUGGUAGACACAACAUACACUGAGUGUACAAAACAUUAAGGACACCUGCUCUUUCCAUGACAGACUGACCA